CAGCUUCUCCAGAAACCAUCUCAGCAGUUCUUUUUCCCUCAACAAGAUAAGGCGAUGGGUCGUUUGUCGCUUUCUCAGAAGAGUUACUCCAACAUUGGCUCAAUUGGGUCUGGAUCUCUUAGGGUUGGAGGAGGUGGUGGAGGGGGUUCUAGGUCCAGCUAUGGCUAUGGCUACUCUUUGGGCGGAGGGGUGGGUGGUGCACUUGGAAGCCAGGUUAGGUACGGAGUAGGUUCUGCUGUAGGUGGAGGUUUUAGCACUGGUGGUGGCAGGUUUGGGUCAGGAAUGGCAGUUAGUAGUAGUAGUAGUGUUGGUGGUGGUGGUGGAAGGUUUGGGAUGGGCUUUGGUUCUGGUGGUGGUGUUGGUAGUGGAUUUGGUUUUGGUGGUGGCAGGUUUGGAAUGGCUGCUGGUGGUGGUGGUGGAGGAGGUGGUGGUGCUGGUGCCGGUGCUGGUUUCUGGACUGGAGGAAGUUCCAUUGCAGAUGGUGGCCUUCAUCCAUUUACCACCAAUGAGAAACUAGAGCUUCAGACCCUGAACGAUCGAUUGGCCACCUACCUGGACAAGGUGAAACGACUGGAGACCGCCAACCAUGAGCUGGAGGAGAAGCUACAAGGCUUCAAGUCUAACACAGUGCAGGUCACCUACGACCUGCAGGCUUACCAGACCCAACUACAUCCUGUUCGAGACCAACUUACAGGAUUUCUGAAGGAAUGCUCCCGCCUGGCGCUGAUGAUUGAUAACGGCAAAUUGGCAGCUGAUGACUUCAGAAUCAAGUACGAGAAUGAACUUGCAGUGAGGCAGACUGUAGAGGGAGACGUCGCCGCCCUGAAGGCCCUCAGAAGAGAAUAUGAGCUAAACAGCGCUACCCUGUUGCAGGAAUUUCAAAUCCUUCUGAAAGACCGUGAUACAAUCAACACCAACCAUCAGAAGGAGGUGCUGAGUCUUCGUGGGCAGGUGGCAGGAACUCUGACUGUGGACGUUCAGCCGGCCGACUCUAUGGAUCUCUCUCGCCGACUGGCCGACCUUCGCUCUGAGUACGAAACCAUCGUAGAGAAGAACCACCGAGAAAUCGAGAACUGGUACACUAAGAAGCUGGAAACUAAGCAUGUGGAGACGACCCAGGUUGCAGAAGUUACCAUGAGUGGAAGCUCUGAGAUCUCUACGAGCAGAGACCAGAUCCUCACCAUACAGACUGAACUGGAUGCAUUUCUGCUGCAGAAGAGCCAGCAGGAGCAGCGAUUGGUGGACGUUCAGGGGCAGAAGCAGAUGCAGCUGCUGGCUCUGAGUCGAUUGGCCGGGAAUCUGGAGGGUGAGCUUGCCUCAGUUCGGGAAAGUGCUCUGCAGCAAUCCAGAGAUUACCAGCUUCUGCUCAGCACCAAAGUUCAGCUGGAGAGAGAGAUUUCUACCUACAAAUCACUGCUGGAGUUUGCCGGAGAUCUCAGCAAGUUCCCUGGAAUGAGUUACCGAUCGUCGAUGUGGGUACAGAGCUCAGCAUCUUCAGCUGCACCACCAGCAGCACCAGCACCACAAGCUGCACCAGCAGCACCAUCAGCAGCAUCUGAAUCCUCAGCUGCAUCAGCAGAAGUGAAGUCAGGUGAAUCUGAGGUCCAGUCGGUACCAGAUGUGAAAGCAGAUGAAAAGAAGCCUACUGAAUCUCCUCCUGGCCUGAGUGACAUCACUGUACCUGAAGAACCUCUCGACCAAUCAGAUUAGAGCAGGAUCUGAUGUCACUGUUUCUCAAAUUUAAUUGUAAGCUGAACCCGGUUAGCUUUGACUAACCGUGAACACAAUAAACAAUAAACUGCAGUGAAAACGUA